AUGGUGGAAUUGAACUCAGGACCUUCUUGCUGUGCGGCAACAGUGCUAACCACCGUGCCAUGACAUUUUGUUUUAGAAAAAAAAGAGCAUGUGAGCUUACCUGGUGACGCUACAGCGGUGAAGAACGAUGGACUGAAAAAACAUAGAUGAUGUGUUUGAGGGGAUCGCUAAAGCAGGAAACCCAACGCUUCUGAGUUGUACAUCACAGAGGGAGGGACUGCACAGGUCAAUAAUGAACAUGAGAUCAGACAGCUUGAAUCAGCAUCCAGGAAGCCAGACAGACCAGAAACAACAAUCAAACGAGAAGACAUCUUUAAAAGGUCACCUGGAAGAGAUGAACCAAUCAGAACAGUGCUGACAAAAUGAGUGGCGGGCAUUGGGAAAACUGUCUUAAUUCAAAAGUUAACUCUAGACUGGGCUGAAGAAAAAGCUAACCCGGACAUCCAUUUCACAUUUCCAUUUACAUUCAGAGAGCUUAAUGUGCUGAAAGAGAAAACGUUCAGCUUGGUGGAACUUGUUCAUCACUUCUUUACCGAAACCAAAAAAGCAGGAAUAUGCAGGUUUGAAGACAUGCAGGUUUGAAGACUUCCAGGUCGUGUUCAUCUUGGAUGCUCUGGAUGAGUGUCGACUUCCUUUGGACUUUCACAAUACUGAGAUCCUAACUGAUGUUACACUGUCCGCCUCUGUGGAUGUGCUGCUGACAAACCUCAUCGGGGGAAACUGCUUCCCUCCACUCGUGUCUGGAUAACCACACGACCUGCAGCAGCCAGUCAGAUUCCUCCUAAGUUUGUUGACAUGGUGACAGAAGUCAGAGGGUUCACUGACCCACAGAAGGAAGAGUACUUCAGGAAGAGAUUCAGAGAUGAGGAGCAAGCCAAAAGGAUCAUCACCCACAUCAAGAAAUCGCGAAGCCUGCAUAUCAUGUGCCAUAUCCCAGUCUUCUGUUGGAUCACUGCUACAGUUCUGGAGGAUAUGUUGAAGCCUAGAGAGGGAGCAGAGUUGCCAGAGACUCUGACUGAGAUGUACAUCCAUUUCCUGGUGGUUCAAUCCAAAGUGAAGAAAGUCAAGUAUGAUGGUGGUGUUGAGACAGAUUGUCACUGGAAUUCAGAAAGCAGGAAGAUGAUUGAAUCUCUGGGAAAACUGGCUUUUGACCAGUUACAGAACGGAAACCUGAUCUUUUAUGAAUCAGACCUGACAGACUGUGGCAUCGACAUCAGCUCAGGAGUUUUCACACAGAUCUUUAAAGAGGAAAAAGGGCUAUAUCAGAACCUAGUGUUCUGCUUCAUCCAUCUGAGCGUUCAGGAGUUUCUGGCUGCUCUUCAUGUCCAUCUGACCUUCAUCAACUCUGGAGUCAGCGUGCUACCAGAAGAACAAAUAAUAUGCCAAACAUCUGAAAUAAUGAGAAAUGAACUUGAAGAGCAUCACUUCUACCAGAAUGCUGUAGACGAAGCUUUACAGAGUCCAAAUGGACACCUAAACUUGUUCCUCCGCUUCCUCCUGGGUCUUUCACAGCAGACCAGUCAGACUCUCCUACGAGGCUUGCUGACCCUAAGACAGAGCAGUUCAGAAACCAAUAAGGAAACAGUCCAGUACAUUAAGAUGAAGAUAAGUAAGAAUCUCUCUGCAGAGAAAAGCAUCAAUCUCUUUCACUGUCUGAAUGAACUGAAUGAUCGUUCUCUAGUGGAGGAGAUCCAACAGUCCCUGAGUUCAGGAAGCCUCUCUAUAGAUAAACUGUCCCCUGCCCAGUGGUCAGCUCUGGUCUUCAUCUUACUGUCAUCAGAAAAGGAUCUGGAUGAGUUUGAUCUGAGGAAAUACUCUGCUUCAGAGGAGGCACUUCUGAGGCUGUUACCUGUGGUAAAAGCCUCAAAUAAAGCUCUCAUAGUGACAUACACUACUGGAACAAGAAGGCAACGGUGGGUAAGAGACGUUGUUGAAGUCCCUGGAAGUCCCGAGGUCAAAAUGGGAGGUGCCCCAUGGAUACAGACGCACAAAAUGGUGGUAGCUAACCAACCGGACAUAGUGGUGGUAGACAAACAGAAGAAGACAGCCAUAGUGAUAGGUGUAGCAGUUCCGAAUGACAGCAACAUCAGGAAGAAGAAAGACACAAGAAACACGCUUGAGAAAUACCAAGGAUUGAGUGGAUGUAAUCUCUCAAAGCCAGGCUGUGAAGCUCUGACUUCAGUUCUCAGCAACCAGUCCUGUAGUCUGAUUGAGCUGGACCUGAGUAACAACAAUCUCCAGGAUUCAGGGUUAACAGAGCUGUCUGUUGCACUGGGGACACCACACUGUAAACUGGAAAUUCUAAGGCUGAGUGUCUGUAACCUGUCAGACAAAAGCUGUGAAACUCUCUCCUCAGUUCUCUGCUCCCAGUCAUCAAAUCUGAGAGAGCUGGACCUGAAUAACAACAAUGUGAAGGAUUCAGGAGUGAGGGCACUGUCAGUUGGACUGGCAAGUCAACACUGCAAACUGGAAACUCUCAGACUUACUCUCUGUAACCUGUCAGACAAAAGCUGUGAAACUCUCUCCUCAGUUCUCUGCUCCCAGUCAUCAAGUCUGAGAGAGCUGGACCUGAAUAACAACAACGUGAAGGAUUCAGGAGUGAAGGCACUGUCCGCUGGACUGGCAAGUCAACACUGCAAACUGGAAACUCGCAGGCUGUCGGGCUGCUUGAUUACGAAAGAUGGCUGUGCUUCUCUGGCCUCAGCUCUGAACUCCAACCCCUCUCAUCUGAAAGUGCUGGACUUGAGUUACAAUCAUCCAGACGAUGCAGAAGUGGAGCUUCAGGCUGGAGUAAAGGACCAACACUGGAAACUGGAAACCCUAAGGGUGGAACCUGCUGGAGCCAAGUGGUUGAAACCAGGUUUGAAGAAGUAUUUCUGUGAACUCAUAGUCGACACAAACACUAUAAACAAAAACCUCAAACUGUCUGCCAACAACAGGAAGGUGACACAUGUGAGAAACGAUCUGAUUUAUCCUCGUCAUCAUGACAGAUUUCUUGACUGGUGUCAGCUGCUGUGUAAAGAUGUUUUACAUGGUCGCUGUUACUGGGAGGUGGAGUGGACAGGUGAGGUUGAUAUAUCAGUAAGUUACAGAGGAAUAGGAAGGAAAGGAGAACGAAAGAACUGCAGAUUUGGAGAGAAUCCUCAGUCCUGGAGUCUGGACUGCUCUAAUACCCGUGGCUACGCCGUGUAUCACAAUCAAAGAAAAUCACCCAUUCACCCCUCCUCCUCGUCCCCUCCCUGUGGUUCUAAGCGAGUAGCAGUGUAUGUGGACUGUCCUGCUGGCACUGUGUCCUUCUACAAUGUCUCCAGUGACUCUCUGAUCCACCUCCACACCUUCAACACCACAUUCACUGAACCUCUUUAUCCUGGCUUUGGAAUCUGGCACCAUUCAUGUGGUUCCUCAGUGCGUCUAUGUUCUGUGCAGGUGGAAGAAUCUCCUUCUGUUAGAGAAACUGUGUAACUGCAGAUACACGGACUCGUUGAUGAAAGAUGCAUUUUUGUAACUUUCACUUACAGAACUGUUUUGUACUAAUAUUUGGAUAAAAACUGAAAAGUAAGCUUUAAACACUAAGUGAAAUUCACACUACAAUUACACUAAUGUAAGAUAAGCAUAUUGUUUAAUAUGGUACUUUAUAAAGGAUAUACUAUGCAUGUGGUAGAUAUAAGUAUCUCAGUUGAUUAUGUAUUAAAGAAAAGAAAACAACUUUUGAUCAGGUAUUGAAACCAUCUAUUGUCAGCACAACUGUUCUUAGAAACAGAUUUACAUGCGUCAUUAAUCGUUCACUGCAGUCAAGUUCUGAAGGAGAAUUAAAACGAAUGAUUCAGCUGAGUACAGCUUAAAAUUACAUUUCUCUGUGUAGAUUUUGAAUAAAAUGACGAUCAUUACUUGUCUUUA